AUGAUCUGGUCGGAGUGCAAGGAGAUCUGGGAGGAGGGGCCGCGAGAGUACGUGCUGCACCUGUGGAACCUGCUGGACUUCGGGAUGCUGUCCAUCUUCGUGGCCUCCUUCACCGCCAGGUUCAUGGCCUUCCUGAAGGCCAGCGAGGCCCAGCUGUACGUGGACCAGCACGUGCAGGACGACACGCUGCACAACGUCUCGCUUCCGCCGGAAGUGGCGUAUUUUACCUACGCCAGGGACAAAUGGUGGCCUUCAGACCCUCAGAUCAUAUCGGAAGGACUCUAUGCGAUAGCCGUCGUGUUGAGCUUCUCUCGAAUCGCGUACAUCUUGCCAGCCAAUGAGAGCUUUGGGCCUCUGCAGAUAUCCCUGGGGAGAACCGUGAAAGAUAUCUUCAAGUUUAUGGUCAUUUUCAUCAUGGUAUUUGUGGCCUUCAUGAUUGGAAUGUUCAAUCUGUACUCCUACUACCGAGGUGCAAAGUACAACCCAGCGUUUACAACGGUCGAAGAGAGUUUCAAAACGUUAUUCUGGUCCAUCUUUGGCUUGUCUGAAGUGAUCUCGGUGGUGCUGAAGUACGACCACAAGUUCAUCGAGAACAUCGGCUACGUCCUCUACGGCGUCUACAAUGUCACCAUGGUGGUCGUGCUGCUCAACAUGCUCAUAGCCAUGAUCAACAACUCCUACCAGGAAAUCGAGGAAGACGCCGACGUGGAGUGGAAGUUUGCCCGCGCCAAGCUCUGGCUGUCUUAUUUCGAUGAAGGAAGAACUCUACCUGCCCCUUUUAAUCUAGUGCCAAGUCCUAAAUCAUUUUAUUAUCUCAUAAUGAGAAUCAAGAUGUGCCUCAUAAAACUCUGCAAAUCUAAGGCCAAAAGCUGUGAAAAUGACCUUGAAAUGGGCAUGCUGAAUUCCAAGUUCAGGAAGACUCGCUACCAGGCUGGCAUGAGGAAUUCUGAAAACCUGACAGCAAAUAACACUUUCACUAAGCACACCAGGUACCAGAAAAUCAUGAAGCGGCUCAUAAAGAGAUACGUCCUGAAGGCCCAGGUGGACAGAGAGAAUGACGAAGUCAACGAAGGUGAACUGAAGGAGAUCAAGCAAGAUAUCUCCAGCCUGCGCUACGAGCUUCUUGAAGAGAAAUCGCAAGCGACCGGGGAGCUUGCAGACCUGAUCCAACAGCUCAGCGAGAAAUUUGGAAAGAACUUGAACAGAGACCACCUGCGGGUGAACAAAGGCAAAGACAUCUAG